AUGGCUGAAAGAGUGUUCUCGAGCGUUGUUCGCAACCCGAUUUUCCGCCCGAGCCGCAUUCGUCUUCGCCACCAGCAGCUCCUAGUGCGCUGCUACUGUCCUUCCGCUCCUGCUUUUCCGCCAGUCCUCCCUGAUGGCUCGCUCUUCCGGAUUGGUCGCUUUGGGUCUGCUUGCUCUCUUUCUUCUGGCCGUUCCGUUUGUAAGUCCGAGCAAAACGCGCGCGCAUCAUGGCUGCCUGCGGACAGUCUGACGUGUGUGCCGGCAACAUCAAUGGUGAUGGAGCGCAGUGAGGGACGCAGCCGCUGUGCGUACGACAGCCAACUUGGGUACCGCGCUGUCGGCGUCGGCUACAACCUCGAUGACAAGUCUGACGAGCGCAUGCGCGAGAUCUCCACCGUUGUUGCUGACUUUGACAAGCUGUACCGCGGGGAGGAGUGUCUGAACGACGUGCAGAUCAAUGCGCUGCUGGCGUUUGAUGCGCGGCGCUACCUUAUCCGUGCCAAGGAGCGCAUUGAGAACUUCAACAGCUUCUGCUGCAACGUGCAGUCCAUCUUCGCUGAUAUCGCCUUCACUCAUGCCAAGACCCGGCUGGGAGCGCAGUUCAGCCCGGCAAUAGAGAGGGCGCUGAGCUCGCAGUACAAGGAGGCAGCGGAGGAGCUGAGGCGCUCCAAGUGGUGCCGCAAACACGAGGCGGUGUGCCGGGCUGAUACCAGGGCCAUGGAGGAGGGCUGCCCCACUGCUGCUGUCAGCAGCGCCCGCAAGGUGGGAGAGUCGUGGCUUCCUGCCAACAGUCUGACGUGUGUGCCGGCGACAACAACAGUGAUGGAGCGCAGUGAGGGGCGCAGCCGCUGUGCGUACGACAGCCAGCUUGGGUACCGCGCUAUCGGCGUCGGCUACAACCUCGAUGACAAGUCUGAUGAGCGCAUGCGCGAGAUCUCCACCAUUCUCGCAGACUAUGACAAGCUGUACAGAGGCGAGGCGUGCCUGAACGACCUGCAGGUCAACACGCUUCUGGCGUUUGAUGCCCGGCGCUACCUGCUGCGUGCGGGGGAGAGUGUGAAGGCCCUUGACAACUUCUGCUGCAAUGUCCAGGCUGUCUUUGCUGAUGUUGCCUUCACUCAUGGCAAGAGUCGUUUGGGAGCUCAGUUCGACCCCACCAUUGAGAAGGCCUCUUCAUUCCAGUGGAGGGAGGCAGCAGAGGAGCUGAGGCAGUCCAAGUGGUGCAGCAAGAACGAGGCAGCUUGCAAGGUGGAUACUCAGCAGCUGGAGGAGGGGUGUUCCUCUGUGGGUGAUAACGCUGUGUCUGCUUUCCUCCAGGGGUUUCGUGGCGGCCUGCGAGCCUGCCAGGUGACCGAGCUCGUGGGAGAGGCGGCGAGUGGCAAAACCCAGUUAUGCUUGCAGCUGGCGCUGGCAGUGCAAGCACCUGUGUCAACAACACCCUUUCAGGCUCCUGCGCAACCGCUGCUCGCAUCCUCUGGUUCUCCUAACACGUCAGGAGGCAACGCCGACACGUCACGGGGUGCAGCACUGUACAUAUACACUGAUGGUCGGUUCCCCACCAAACGACUCUUCCAACUUGCCAACAGCAGCCGUUUCCAAAACCUGCUCAAAUCAAAUUCUCCUGGUGCUGUGAACAGCAACGGCGUGCAGACAUGUGAUACCAUCAGCAGCACCGGUGACUAUAAACCUGCGAUCAACAUCAACCCGGGAAGUGAUCGUGGCCAUCCAUAUGACCACGUGUUCAUCAAGGAGAUCCCAACCGUCCAGGAGCUGACCCACUGUUUGGAAGGAGAGAUGCAUGUGGAGCUCGUCCGUGCCAGAGCCCAUCCCAUCCGCCUUCUCAUCAUUGACUCCAUCGCCUCGCUGUUCCGCUCGGAGUUCGACAACUCACGCGACGACAUGUGUCAGCGCACCACCAUGCUCUUCCGCAUCGCAUCUGCUCUCAAGCAUCUUGCAGAUCGGUACAAAAUCGCCGUGGUGGUGACCAACCAGGUCACAGCCUCCAUCGACAACCCACAUCCCAGUGUCACUCCAGCAGCAGCAACAGAAGAAGUAGACGGUGAAGCAAAAUCAGAGCCAUCAGCGUCAGCGACUGUGGCGUAUUCUGGUCCGCACCCUGACAUCCUCUCCGACUCAGAAAACUCACAGAUCCUCUG